AUGGAGUCCUGUCAUGUUCUCAGAUUGCCGGAUGAGAUACACGUCGCCGUGGCUGAACUCCUUCCCGGAAAUGCCAUCAAGUCGCUCCGUGCAACCUGCACCAAGCUGAACACCAUCGCCUCGCCGUACCUCUUCCCUGUACUCUACCUGUCAUGCCACCAGCUCGAUCUCGACGUGUUCCGACUUGUCACAAGCAACCCGCUUCUCAUCAGCGGUGUCAAAGAACUCGUGAUUGACGACACCACCCUGUCGCCUCGUCUCGCCGACUGGGAGGUUUACAGAACCAUGGCCUCGUACUCACACAUGUGGCCCGAACGGAAGAAUGCGUAUCACUGGCCCCAAAAGUUCGACGAGGCAGGUCGUAUUUGGUCCGAUGAACCAGACAAAGAGUUCCACAAUCUAUUCACGUCUGUCCUCAAAGGCCACCACGAGAACCGCCAAAGUCAUGCCGACAUCAUUGCCCUCAAGCAGGCUAUGCCUCUUUUCAAGUCACUGCGAAGUCUCGUUAUCAGCAACCGCACGGCCGAUGACGACUUCGACUCAGGAGCGCAGAGUGAAGAGUCGAGUAGCCCAGUUGUCAAAAUGUGGAGGCGUUUUGGGGCAACCAAGCAGGAGCGACCUCCUUUCCCACCCAGGUGCGACUGGAUAGCGCCAUGGCACGAGCCUGGUUCCAGAGCCGAAGUAAUGCAACUCGACUUUUUCAACGACGAUUUAGAGAAAUACAUCAAAGAGUAUGGGGUGCCGCCUACCGCCGAUGAGCAAGAGAAGCGUGAUACAGCAGAUGCUCAAUCCGCCACAGAAGAUCUCGCGAGCCACAAUGGGUUUCUUGACGGGUACCAUUGCCGCAUGGUCGGCCGAGAAGCCCGUGCUGUAAUCAUCGCCCUUGAAGUCCUCGGGGACCCAAGUAUCCGUACCCGUCUCACUGAAUUCAGAGUAGAUGCCUCUUUGGAGGUAGGAGAUACGUCAUUAUAUCAGCCCGGCCUCCCGAUCCUUCUUUUCGACAGCCACGAGUCUCCAUUCCCUCCAAAACUCAUCUCUUCUUUCUCCAGCAACUGCAUGACCAAAUUUCACCUCGUCCUAAGCGACUAUCGUGAUGCAUUUGAUGGUGCAUUUAUCGGCGGGAAGUCGAUGGAUCAGGGAAACAUCGCCCAGCUUCUUGCCUCUAUGCCCCAACUGGAGGAUCUUCUUCUAGAGCCUCACGGCAUGAAAGUGUUCUCUGCAAUUCCGGAUGACGUUACCUUUCGCCGACUUCAGCGCGUUGAGUUCAGCUGCGGUGAGAUAGACCCUCAGAAACUCGUCGGGUUCAUUCGGCGCCACGCCUCAACCCUCAAAUUUCUCACCGUUCAGUAUUGUUGCAUUGAUCCGGAUAAUUACGAAGAUAUUUGGGAGGAUGUCAUGCGCGAUAUCCGCCACAUGCAAGAUGCAAAGGCUUUGGACCUUUAUGACGGGCAGGUCACCGGUGCUUAUGUCGAUGCGCCCAGUGAAGGCUGCGGAAAGAACAACACACUGGACCUCGGAGGCCCAGAAAUGGUUCGCCAUUGGGAAUUUAUGUUUUUCUCAUUUUGGAGGCGGUACCAUGAGUACCGGUGGGAAUUUCAGAGUGAUGACGAGGAGGGCGGCGCAAGCGAUCUGGAGAGUGGAAGCGAGGGCAGCGAGAACGAAGCCUCUGGACUGUAG